AUGGCUGAUUGGGUACACUGUAAUACAUGUUUUCAUCAGCCUGGAGAUGGUAGAAAAUUCUUUUUAACUAACUGUGGUCAUAUGUAUUGUGAAACGUGUGUUAAAGAAGGAACAAGGAAUAAGUGCAUGAUGUGUGGAAAUCCCUGUUCAUCAAUUGCUCUGUCUUCUCAGAUGAAACCAGAUGUGGAAAUUUUUUUCAAGGAUCCAGCUGACAUAAUAAAAAAACAGCAAAGUCAACUAAACCAAAAUAAUAAACAGAAAGCCCUAAUAGAAGAAGCCAGGAAGAAGACAGAACAAUGGGAAGAUUUAGAAAGAGAAAUUUUAAUUCUCAAAGAAGAAAAUGCUAAUUUACGAAGACUUUUAGGAGGUGGUUCCCCAGGAAACAAGUUAGCUAGCAGAGAAGUUUUAAUACUCAAAGAAGAAAAUGCUAAUUUACGAAGACUGUUAGGUGGUUCACCAGGAAACAAGUCAGCAAAUAGAGCUCCACCAGGCAGAAUACACAGUCCUGCUCACCAGAAUCAUCCUGCAAAGACACCUCCACUUAAACAUGGACAUUCUUCUCCAUAUAACCUAUCCAGAGGAAGUCAUCCAAAUACACCACAAAAUGGAAGUGGAGAUGCUGGAGCAUCACAGUAUGAUCAAACUUGCACUCCCAAAGGUCCAGGUAGAAUUACAAUGAGAACACCACCUGUUGAUGGUAAAAUGGGUACACCACCUACUCCUCUCAUGGGGGGUACGUCAUUACAAAAAACUCCAACUGGUCAUGCUGUAAGGCAAAGUAAUGUGACUCCAGGAAGACAUGAAAUGUAUACUCCAAACAGAUUAAGCUAUAAAACUUCACCUAUGUCAGUCAGUCCUGCAAGCCAAGGGACUAACCAGAGUAGUGGAUUCAGGACUCCCACAAAUUCUCAAAAUGUCACACCAACACAACAGGGUUUUAGCACACCAUUAUCUCAAAGUGGACAUUGGGAUCCUUCUAGAAGGCAAAUACAUAUCCGCAUCUUUAUCAGAUCCACAUAG